CGUCGCUCGUUCAGUGUUAAAGAGGCGUCGGUGGAGGACGCAGUGGUGACGACGGAACUUCUUGGACAAGUGCGGAGGAGAAACGGAGCGCACGAGGGUGGUGCGGUUUUAUAAAGGACGGGGGUGCGAGAAACGAGACAGGAGGAACGAAGCGCACACCGACGCCCGAACGAUCUUCUACGAACGAACGAUCGACUGAGAUAUCAUUUAUUCUUCAUUAUUUAUUCCCGCUUUCCUCAGUCCCGCUGUUAUAUCCCUUUCCCCCCGUUUUCCCUUCCUCGACUUUCCCCAUUAUCUCUCACCGUCAUACUUUCGACGACGAAACAAACGAACAUUGAACGAAUAAACCGAUCCCUCGAGCUAUGGCAGCCACCGCCAUGGAUCCAGUCGACAUUGCGAAUAUACUUGCGCAGGAAUUGCUUUAUCAGCAGCUGGUAUCUCUGGACGGAUUACAUAGCGGAGUGCCGACCAGGACGACGCCGACGCUGACGCCGACCACCCUCCGUAGCAUCGAGCAGACAUUCCUGGAGCUGACAAGCGAGUCAGCGUCGCACAGUCGCGAAGCCGGCUUUGUUCCGCCGCUGGUCGAACCGUCGCAGCCAACCCCGGCACAGACGCAAAACACAACGGCGGUACAUCUUUCGGCGCCGACGACCACCCUUAUCGAGACCCAGCAGCAAACACAACCGCAGCAACAACAGCAGCCAAUUAGACGCAAUAUGGGUGGCAGACGGCCCACCAGAACGAUCGGGAUGACCCCCGAGGAAGAGCAGAGGCGACAGAUUCGGCGCGAAAGGAACAAGAUGGCAGCAGCGAGAUGCCGCAAACGAAGAAUGGAUCAUACCAAUGCCCUACUCGAAGAGACCGAGGGUUUGGAAAAGAAAAAACAAAACUUACAGGAUGAGAUCGAGCAGCUGAAGCAGGUCAAAGAUGAACUAGAAUUUAUUUUGGACGCCCACAGAGCAGUCUGUCGCCGUUCGCUACGCUCCUCGUCUCCGCUGGAUAUAAAACCCGUGAUAAAGACCGAUAUUUCGGUCGAGGAUCAAUUUGCCGUUGAAUCUGCAAAAGGUGACACGACGGUAGCUGCGGCAACGAGACCGAAUAGACCUAAUUCAUUACCAGUCGGAUUGGACAACAAUAACAGACUGAAUUCCCUGACAAUGUUCGUGGAGCCAAAAGAGAGACCAGACACGCUUGCUUUUAAGACGGUGGAAACACCAUCCUUUAUGAAGUCAUCGAUGGAUGUAGCCGGUAUGCCGAUUACCACUCCAACCAGUGGCAUACCGUUUAAUUUUGAGUCUCUAAUGGAAGGCGGUACUGGUCUCACACCGGUCUCGACGCCCCUGAUACCGUCGUGCUCGACGCAACAGAGAAGCAAUUUGUCCGCUGUAGAUCUCAGCUCCCCAGAUGCAAAUCCCCCAAAGCUUGUAAGUUUGUGACGCCACGAUAGCAUAGUGGAGCACGGGUCCAACGAAGAGAACGAUCCUGAAUAAAAACGGGAGUACCAUGACGCGAAGGAUUUCUACAAGGGAGAGCAGAAGUAUUAUGCGCGUGCUCUUUACAACGAAAUUUUUGAUUACCCUUCAAAGUUUUUUCACGCGAUUUUGCUUAUGAAUAGC